CUUCCUUCCUUUUUCAUCUGUUUCAUUUAUUACAAUUUGUACUUGGGCUGCCCUUUGUACUUGUUCACACAUCUUUAGUUCUUUUUUGUUUUAUAUCUCACAUCUCAAUUCUCCAAAACAGAAGUAGAGUGAAAGAAAAAUUCCAGACACAACAUUGAAGAGUUUUUGCAUUUAAUAUGGCAAAGUUGAACAGCCAACAACCUCGGAGUGUUGCCGGUGGUACGACAACAUUCAAUGAGCAUCCGGGUUCACCCUUAAAUGUUGUCCCACAUAAUCUUUUAACUGAUUUUACUUUUAAUGAAGAUGAAGAUGCAUUGGGUGAGAGUAGAGUUGUUGAAGAUCCUAAACCAAUAUCUUCAGAGUUUCCAGCAGUCCAAGUUUUCCGGCCUGAAAAUGAGAACGUGGACGAUUCUGCCUCAGAUCUGAAUCAAAACGGCAUCAAUGAUGAUGAGGAUGGGGUUCAGAAUUGUACUUUUACAGAGUUGCUAUCCAGAGGUAUUCAGGCGGAUGAGGAAUUUUAUGAUCACCACACACCCAAUGACACUAGAAUGUGGUGUCCUAAUGUUCCUAUUGUUUUAAGGCCUGUUGUUGGUUGUGUAUAAGAAACGUGGAAGGAUGUGUUCCGUAGUACAAGGAGUAUGUUGUGUAUUCUAGGUUUUCUAUUCGUAAGGGACAAACCAAGAGAUGGAAGGGGUUUGUCACUCACCAAUACAUAAGGUGUACUAAAUAUUUGGUCAUGAUAAAAUGAGAGCCAUAGAUCGAAAGUAAUCAAUGGUUGAAAUAUAGUUUUCAUAGUUUACAAUGUACUUCCAUAUCACUAGCUAUUUAUCAAAAA